AUGUUCUUUGAACUUAUCGAAGUGAUAUUGAGUGAACUGGUUACUAUUUUUGUUUUUCUUUUCUGCAUUUUCUUCCUUUCUUUACGACUUCCAAUACUUUCCUUCUUCCUUUUUUUUAAUUUCUUUCUUUCUUCAUCAUUUUUACCCUGUCUUUCUUUCUUUUUACCAUUACUAUUUCUUUCUUUCUUUCUUUCUUUCUUUCUUUCUUUCUUUCUUUCUUUCUUUUUCUUAUUUCUUCCUUUCUACCAUUACUAUUUCUUUCUUUUUCGUUUUUCUUUAUUUCUUCUUUCUUUUCUUUCUCAUUUCUUUCUUCCUUUUCAUUACUAUUUCUUUCUUUUCGUUUUCUUUAUUUCUCUCUUCUUUCUUCCUUUCUUUCUUUCUUUCCUUUCUUUCUUUCUUUUUUCUUUUCCUGUCUUUUUCUUCCUUCCUUUUUUCCUUUCUUUUCUUCCUUUCCUUUCUUUUAAUUUUUUCCUUUUUCUUUCUUUCUUUCUUUCUUUCUUUCUUUCUUUCUUUCUUUCUUUCUUUGUCUUUCUUUCUCAUUUCUAUUUCUUUCUUUUUCAAUUUUUUCUUUCUUUUUCGUUUUUCUUUCUUUCUCUCUUUUUUCUUUCUUUCUUUCUUUCUUUCUUUCUUUCUUCAUUUCUUUCUUUCUUUCGUUCUUUCUUUCUUUCUUUCUUCAUCAUUCCUACCCUGUCUUCCGUCCUUCCUUUCUUCCUUCCUUUCUUCUUAAUGUUUCCCUUUCUUUCUUUCUUUCUUUCUUUCUUUCUUUCUUUCUUUCUUUCUUUCUUUCUUUCUUUCUUUCUUUCUUUCUUUCUUCAUCAUUUCUACAGUCUUUCUUUCUUUCUUUCUUUCUUUCUUUCUUUCUUUCUUUCUUCAUCAUUUCUACAGUCUUUCUUUCUGCCAUUACUAUUUCUUUUUCGUUUUUCUUUCUUUCUUUUUUCCUUUCUUUCUUUUUUUCCUCAUUUCUUUCUUUCCUUUAUUUCUUUCUUCAUCAUUCCUACCCUUUCUUUCUUUCUUUCUUUCUAUUUCUUCGAUUAUUCUUUCUAA